CCUCAACAUUAAAACCUAAGCAUUCACAGAAAGAAGGAAAUGAAACAGUCUGACUGCAAAAUGGCAGAAAUUCAGAAGUUACUUCAAGACAUCCCAGCAGAUAAACAAGUUUUGGUGGAAAACUACACAAAACUCCAGCAAGUAGCAGAACAUUGUGAAAGUAACUAUGUAGAGUCUCAAGACAAGGCUAAAGCUCUUCAGGAGACCAAGGCCUAUGCCACCCAAUCUCUUGCAGGUGUGGUGUAUCAGAUCAAUACACUGGCUGAGAAGGUGCUCAGACUACUUGACUUACAGGCUUCUGAAAUCUCCCAGAUGGAAUCUUCUAUCAACUGCAUAUCUCAGAGGGUGGAAAUGCACAAGGAAAAGGUAGCUCGCCGAGAGAUUGGAACAUUUACUACGAUUAAGACCACACCAAAAAUUAACAAAAUUAUACCUCCUUCAAAUCCUACACAACGUGUAAAGUACACUAGGAAACCUAUUGUUUACACGCUCCUGGAUGACGUUGGCCAUGGGGUUAAGGAAAGCAGUAAUAAUUCAAGACUGGGAACUCUAACACGUAAGAAUAGACAAGGAAGUAUACCAACGUGCCCAACUGUACCUUCUCAAGGAACGAUUGGAAGACGUGGUAAGGUCCCUGCAGUGGUUCAGCCUCCUGUUGCCCCAAGUGCGUACAGCAGUCCUGUGGCUUGCCCUCCACCACCAGAUGGAUCUCAGAUGCUUGAUGAUCCAGGUAGAAACAGGAGUAGCUCCAGCGCCAGUGAGGUGGGAAUGCUUCCUCCUCCACCAGCACCACCCUCCACACCCGCCCCGCCUGCCCCAGUAAUAUAUGAACCAGAUGGCUUCCUGAGCAAACCAGUUCUGUCCUCAAUGGAACUGCCCCCUCCUGCUCCUCCACCCGAGGUUUUCAUUGAGGACUCUCUCCCUCCUCCUCCCCCCUUAAUGUCCGAUGCUCCUUCAUCAGUCACUGAGUGUCCACCCCCACCACCUCCUCCUGACUACAUGCUUGACUUUGACGAAUGUCCACCCCCACCUCCUCCUAUAGACUACUUAGACGACAAUCACUUGAUACCACCCAACUACAUCGAGAAAGUUGUUGCACUCUAUGCCUACAAAAAGAGCUGUGAAGAAGAUUUGACGUUUGAAGAAGGAGAAAUUAUCUACGUCAUCCAAAAAAAUGAAAAUGGAUGGUGUCAAGGUGUCCUCAAUGGCAUAACUGGUUACUUUCCUGGAAACUACGUACAAUUGAUCAACUAACACAAUGAGCCGCAGGAAGGCCUUGUAAGAAUCACCAGCAUUUGGUGGAAUUAAGCAAUCCAUCUGUUUAGAUUUUCUCAUGUAAACUUUCCUGUAGAAGGAGCAUUAGUGUUCUUUUUAUUUUAUGGGCAAGGUUGAUGCCUCUUAUAUUUUUUAGCUGACUGAUGUCUAUAGUUUACAAAUGCCACUUAGCACAAUGAAGCUUGUUUGCUUGCAGUUCCAUUCUCAAUGUUUCUGUUUUUGAAGCAUGAGAUAAUCUUUGAAUGGUGCAGAGUGAUUAUAAACUCUAAGCCAAUAGCAACUUCACAAUAACUAGGACAUUAAUCUGAACUGUACUUUCUCUUUUAAGGACAAAAUGACAGUGUGUGAUACCACCUGUUUAUUCUAUACCUAUAAAGUCAGGCCUGUAAAAGUUUAAAAGAGAAAUGCCGAGUCACAUGCUCCUAUAAAACACACUGAAGAAAUGAAGAUUUUUGUCUUUUAGUAUAUACAGUGGAUUCCGGUUUAUCGGGGUAACCGCUUAUUUGGGCCAACUCUUAAACACCAAAAAGUAAUCAAGUAAAUUGUCAUUUGUGUGGCUGUUAGAAACUACAACAUGCUUAGAGUGAGCAGUUUUUAAAUAGCGUCAGUUGCGUGUGUUUGUAUUCAAAAAGCAAUAAUUUUUGUCACUGAUAGUUGGUGAGAAAAAAACAGUAAGACAAUUCAGAGCUGUUUUACUUACUGAAGUUUCAAGCAUUCAGGCUUGCAGAUGACAGAAACGGCCAGGAGUGAAAAUGAAACUGUUUCACUACUUCAACAAGUUAGGGACUAGGAAGAAUUUGAAGGUAUUGACAAUCAUCUACAUACAAUGUUAUUGAUAAUUGCAUCCUCCAAAUCUUCAUUUUCAUUGUAACAUUCAAAUACAUAAUUUGUUACUCAGUUAAACAUUAGUCUGUCUUUUUGAUACAUUUUUAACUAUUUCCAUGCAACUUAGUCUGAUUGUGGCAGUCACUUAAUUGGACAAAUGUAAUGGCUCCGAUAUAUUGUAUCCCAAUUAGCUGGAAUCCAUUGUAAUUUGAAGUGAUAGAAUGGGCCAUUAAAUCCUGGAUAUUCUAAAUAGUUUGAGUUCGUAAAGGCUGAAUGAAGUAACAUUAUCAUUGCAACCCAAAGUGGAAAUGAUUGGAAAUUCUUCAGGGAAUCAUGCUUGGUUGACAAGAGCUGUAAGCAACCGAGUUUUAUUUUAUGCACAUAAAUUAUAUGUUACUAUUCUGCACUUAUCAUAACUUUCUGGAGAAAUUACCCUGUUUUUAUUAGGAGGAGAUGGUUACAUUUCUGAAUAAAUUGGCUUUGCUGUUUAUGAUUUCUGUGAGUCCAGCUAAUUGAUUAGCAUAUUUUUGCCAUCAAAUUAGUGAUAAGUCAAGGUUAGGUAUUCCUGUAUAGUUCUUCAACACAUGAUGUUCUAAAUAUGUAUCUAGCACAUAUUUAAGCAAACAAUGUACUUGCAUUUAUAUAAUGCCUUUCACACCUUCAAGGUGUUCAAAGCACUUUGAAUCCAGCAAUCUGCUUUUUGAAGUGUAGUCAUUGUUGCAAUGCAAGAACCAGACCAGAAAAUUUGCAUAUUCCAUAAUUGCAAAAACAACAGAAAGAUCAAACCAGAUAGUUUGUUAUAUUGAUGUUGGUAGAGAAAUACAUAUUGGUCUAUGUGCUAGUAUUCUGCUGUUGCUACUAAAUUUAAGAUUUGCAGUUAUUUUACUACAUUUGUGUCCAGGGAGAACUCCCCGGCAAUUUAUAACAAUGGUAUAGGGUCUACCUUUAUCCGAGUGGGCUCAAUAAACUUGUUAAGCUGAUGUAGGAAUCGUCAACAACAUGCUAGAUAUUUCUAUCUAAGCUAUGUGUUUAGUUCUUAGAAAUGUGACUUGAACCUAAAAAGUCUUGAAUUUCUGAGUGAAAAGAACUGAACUUCUUCCACUUAAAGCACAGCUUUGAAGUGUGUGAAUCAGUGUAGAAGUGUUUUAAGGAAUGUAUGUCACCAACAAGGUAGAAUGAUUUCAGUAAGAGUUAAUUCAAGGAGGAGCUUAGUACUGAUGUAGAUUUGUAGCAGUAAGUCUACAGUCUGCUACACAUAAUGGUAACUUCUAAUGGUUAAAAAGUGGAGGCUUUCAUUAUCCUGGAUGUGUAAAAGAACAAGGCAAAUUAUCCAAAAAUAUUCAAUGCUAUUUAACAUACUCGAUAUUAAGAGUAGCAACAAAUAUUAAAAAGUCACAAAUAUCACAUUCUUAUAUUGCAAUACAAAAUUAUCUAAGUACACUUGCUAAUUGUUGAUCUAUCAUGAUUAUAUUACUACAUUUAUAACUUUUAAUAUGUUCUUUAAUUAAUAAAUAAAUAUUCAAAAAUACUCUAUUGCAAUAUCUGUCAGUUUUAAUGCAUUGCCAGUAUUGGGUAAAGUGUGACUGGCUUUAAUACUCCUGUUAACCAGAGCUGAGCUUUACCUAAAGGUUGUUGAAGAGAUGGUGAAUUCCAUUACUGUUAACGGUACGGCUGUUUCUCUAGCAGCAGUGAUGAUACAAUGGUUUCUACAUUUUAUCUUCAAUAUCUAUGUUUUCUUUCAGUUAUCAGUUUUUUUUCUCAUAUUUGUACAUUUACUGUGAAUGUAAUGCUAUUGUUAUUGAGCAGUCAAUAGAGGAAUACUUCAGUUGGGUUGCCUUCAAUGGCACAAUGAUCAUGUGCCAGAAUGGAAUAGGUAGGGUAAUUCUCCGUCACUCAUAUCUGGACAUUGUUCACCACUGUAAGUGAAUGGUUUUAAUUUAUGGGAAAAAAACUGGCAUGUUCCAUCCAUUUUCACAUAUUGAUGCACCAUCAAUAACUCACUCUGAGACGUAGAGGCGAGAUCUCGGCUUUUAUUGACUGAAAGAAGGAACAAACAGUGGUUGACCACCAUACUACAUCCUGGAGACUGAGAGGCUGGGCUCAGGCCUCGAUCGCCUUUAUACAGGGGUCUGUGGGAGGAGCCACAGGAGCAGUCAGCAGGAGGCGUGUCCAGACAGGUAUAUGUAGUUCACCACACAUAUAUCCCAUCACAGUCUAAUCUUGCUUUAUUUUAAAGUGGAUUGUAGAGAGUGGUGUCGUUGUCUGAUUCACUUUCUGGCCUGUCUUGGAUGGCCCAGGCUCUGAAAGCACUGGCCUCUCCACCCUGAAUUCUCCAGCUGACAGAUUGUCUAAGCUGCUAACCUGCAGAUUGCCCUUAAAUGAAUGGCCGUUGGCCCACUGUGAACUGACCCUUCAUGAUGCCCUUUUUGAUGCACUUCAUUGCCUAGGCCUCUGUGUGCUUUGCCCGUCACUCUGUUUGAUUCCUAAUGCCUGACAGGGUGUAACAAUUGCCAACAAACACUUUUGUGUUUCUGUUAGGGGAAAGACAUAUUUCUUUACAGUACAAACUAAAAUGUGAAUCAUCUUUCUUUCUAUGUUUUUGGUUACUUUUACUUUUCUGUCUUACUGUUCACCUGGUGAAACGGAAUUUAAUUUUUUAAAAUGCGGAACUAACACAAGGCCAACAGUUAAUGUUGGCAUUCUUCAAUACUGAACACUGCUGCAGAAGAUUCAUUGUUUUAACUUGAAGGUUAAUCUUUGUUAGCCAAAAUAAUGUUUAGCAGAAUAUCUUAUUGUCAUAUCAAAUAAUUACUAGCUGAAAAUAGUCAAUUAUAAUUUCUGUAUAGUAAAAUUAUUGUAUUUUUUGUAUUUGGUUAACUCACUGCAAAAUUACUUUGUUUUUAUAUAACAUUUGCAAAAUACUCUUUUCUGAACAUAUAACUAGAUGAAUGUUAUUGCUUAUUUAUGGUAUGCUUUAAAAAUAAUUGUGACAAAUGAAAUUGAGGGGAGAUUUAAUUGUGGUGCAUAAAGGGGUAAUAUGGUGAAUGCUGAGGACCUAUUUCCCUUAGAAGAGCGACAUUUAACCAGGAGCCUUAACUUCAAGUGAGUUGGCAGAAGGAUUAGUGAGGAGUAGAAAAAAAGAUAUUUUAAUCAACGAAUGGUAGGUGAAUGCAAGUUAAUGCCUGGAAGUGUGGUGAGGGCAGUAACGCUCACCACACUUAGAAAGUAUCAGGAACAAGAGGUGUGAAAUGAGACUAAGCUUGUGGAAUAACGUGGACUUAAUGGAUUGAAAGGCCUCUUUCUGGACUAUUAUAUAUUAUGUUUAUUACACAGCCCUCUCCUUGCAGGGUUAUGUGUGGAGUAAUGCCUGGGUGGAGCAUGGGGACUUGAGUCCUUCAGUAAUUGUUACAACGUCAAGGUUGCAAGUACUAUAUGUAGAUGAUUUUUUUCUAUGUGUGCAAUUAAUGUGACCCUUCAAAGUGGUCAGAGCUAAAUACCUGUGUCUUUCAAAGAGGUAAAGGCUUCAACAAUACAGCUUCUAAGGUUUUCUUUUCUGCUGAGCUAAUGGAUUUAUUGUAACAUUUUAAUGAUGGCAAGGAUUCAUAUCUUUAAGAACUUGAAAUAAAAUAAACGCUGUG